AUAGUUUGUUAAAAUAUUAAAAUAAAAAUUGAGGGAUGCUCCUUCCAGUUUAGGGGUUUUAUAAUUAGUGGAAGGCUGGAAGCUUGGGGAAUUAUCCAUUAAAAUAAUAUUAUUUUGGGGGAAAAAAACUCAGGAAAUUGGAUAUGAAAUACAGCUUGUGUUGCUGUAAGUGUAGGCUAUAGCUGUAUUGUUCUAGUAUGGUUAAUGGAAAAAGUUUCGAUAUUUUGGAUUGCGUGUGAAAAAUUCCCACUGGGUUUUUAUUUUUUGCCCCAAUAAUUAAAAAUCCAUCUGGUGGAAGCCCUAAUUUGUAAUUCAGAGGUUAGGUUUGGUUUGGUAGUUGUAUGAGGAGCAAUUGAUUGAAAUUGUGAGCGGAACGUGGAGAGAAAAGAAGGAUAGGGAUGUCGAUCUCUGGGAUCGGAUUGGGUCCAUGGUUCCAUAAGAAGAUUGUUGACCCUCUCUCUCAAAUACUCAGCAGGGGUGCGGAGCCAAAGCAAUUAGCCUUCUCUGCUGCUCUUGGCAUUACUUUGGGAGUAUUUCCCAUAUGUGGGGUCACCGUGUUUUUGUGUGCAAUGGCUAUUGCUGCACUUGGAUCUCUUUGCCAUUCUCCAAGUGUGAUGCUUGCUAACUUCAUUGCUACUCCAAUAGAGUUGAGUCUGGUGGUUCCCUUCUUGCGCUUUGGUGAAGUUCUCUCUGGUGGACCUCAUUUUCCAUUGACUUCAGAUGCCUUGAAGAAAGUGUUGACUGGUCAAGCUUCACAUGAAAUCCUUCUAAGUGUUGUCCAUGUGUUGUUGGGGUGGCUCGUCGCUGCACCCUUUAUUCUGGCAUUGCUUUACAUAUCAUUCUUGCCAUGUUUCAAGCUUCUAGUCCACAAGUUCAGCAAUGCCCCCCCUUUAAGCCCUAGGAAGCCGCUCCUUCCCGACAUGGAUGUGGAGCUCAAGGUCAGGGAUGCUUAAUUACUAUUGAGCACAUAUUUUCUGUAAUAUUCAUCCCAAUAAUAGGGAAUGCAUGUGAUGCAGAAACUUGCUUUUUGUAUAUAAAUUUCCCCAAGUUUAGUGCAAAUGUCAUGUUUUACAUGCUUGUAAAAUUCAAUGUUGCAAAGGUUGUGCUUGUUGGAAGAUGAAAGAACUGUGAGUUGCAAGAGAUGUUGACUAGCAAAAUUGUUUACAGAUUGAUGCUUUUUUCUCAGCUCAUAAAUCCUAGAACCUCCCACUCCCCCUCUUUUUCAUCUUGACAAA